AUGGCUGCUUUGCUCGGCGAUGCGGGCUUUUCCGCUGGCCUGGCCGCGGUCCCUCGGCGGCCGCAGCGCAAUGCACGCACAGGUGACAAGAACAACAUCUACAUCAUCGGACAUGCUGCUUUUGGCCAGGGGCUCAUGCAGCUGGAAUCUUGUCCGCCGAGCUCGUUGAUGCCAAUCGAUCCAGCGAGCUCAGAUGAGGAGGAGGAGUCAGAGUCGAGCAGCAGCGAGUCUGAGUCCGAGACCGACUCCAGCUCGGAUCACCUGCCGGAGCGUCCGCGGCGUAUUGGUGCGAACGAGGCUGCCGCGAAAGCUUUCUUCAAGGCGAAGAGCUGCAGCAAUGAAGGCGCGGGGGUUGGUGCCACGUUCGCACCCGCUGGCCCUGCCAGGAAGACUUCAUCAGGCUCAGGCUCGGACGGCGGCUCCAAGCCACGAAGGCGCCGGCCUCCAAAAGGCUUUGCAGAUGACGGCGAGCCUGCGCCGCCACCAGAGCAGGAGGACCGGAUGGGCGUAUGGCCUCCGGUUCCCACCGUCGACAUCUUCGCCGAAGCUCUGACGGAUGCUUUGAUCCUGCGGGUGACAAGAGCAACAGAGGAGGAGACUCCUCCACAGACGAUGUGUGCUCAAUGGCUUGUUUGCGAUCCUGUUAUGUCGAAGCUCUUUCUCUUCUCACCAAUCCAAACUUUGAUGUUCAAAUGCGUAGUCUUGGUUUCAUUAGCCACUGGCUGCUAA